AUGGAUAAACCAGCAGUGACGCUUGCACCAGCCUCAGAUGUGAUUCCUUCGUCUUCUCCAGCAUUCGGCACACCUGCGAGGCCAGUGCGCUCAGGAAAACCCAGUGCAAUCAACGGAAAAUCCACGAUUCUCCCCGUCCUUCUCCCGCCGGCACUACUUCGCCCUGUGGCCUUUCGAACCUUUACCAGAAAGCAUAACCUGACUAUCUCAUCAAACUCCUUGCAAGUACUGGCAACAUUUGUGGGCAAGAAUUGCGGUUCCAAAUGGCGCGAAGAAGGCCUUGCUGAGCGGCUGCUGGACGAGGUCGCAAAGAUCUGGCGAAAGAACGGUGGCGGCGUCAUUGUCGAGGAGGGCAAUGGCGCCUCUAUAAAAACGAUUCUUCAGACAAUGGAAAGCAAUAUGGUUAAUGGCAGGGUUGUACCCGGCAAAGUGAUGGAGAGAGAAGACCGACCAAGCCUGCAAAGAAAAGGCUCGGCCGUGACAAGCAACACUGAUGAUAUGGGCACGCCCACCGCGGAGGAUGAUAAUGAUGAUACCGAUGACAGCGACCCUAGAAGGUGGAUGAAAGUUAUUAACGCAUUUGAUCAGCCUCGUUUGACAUAUAACCCCAAGAACAAACACUUUGAAACGUCAACUGCCAGCCCAUCUCUCUUUCCUCAGCCUAGCCACCAGAUUACCCUGUGGAGGGAUCGACAUAACUUGGUUCACCAGCGACUACUCCGAAAUGAGUCCUUUCAAACCUCGUCGUUUGCAAGCAACGUGACCCAAUCAUACAAAAUAUCACCAAUCGUGAAUUUACUCGGAAGAAGUGGCACUCCGCAUUUAUUGCUGGGGCUCCUGUCUAUUUCGCCAACCGGGGAAUUAUCGCUGACUGAUUUGACCGGAACUAUCGUUCUGGACUUGACUCAUGCUCGCCCUGUUCCUGAAGAUGGGGCCUGGUUUUCUCCCGGUAUGAUGGUCCUGGUCGACGGCAUUUAUGAAGAAGAAGAAAUAGUACGAGGAUCUGUCUUGGGAGGAAACAGUGGUAUUGGAGGUGCGAUAGGCGGUAAAUUCUUGGGUAUAUCGAUUGCUGGGCCGCCUUGUGAAAGACGAGAGAUGACUCUUGGAGUGAGCACUAUUCAUUCCAUCGGAGACAUCGGGACUAGUGGUGGAUUUGGCUGGAUUGAUUUCCUAGGCGUUGGAAGUGAGCGUGCCUUGGGCCAGCGUAUGAGAAAGCUCGAAGCCAGGUGCCUGCGACACAACGAGCUCAGCGCGAACGAAAGUGGACGGCGAAACAUGGUUGUUCUGGGGGAGGUCAAUUUGGAUAACAUGAUGACCUUUGACGCCUUGAGACAUGUGUUCAAGACAUAUGAUUCGAUGCCUUUUGAAGAGCUACCCCUGGGCUUUGUCUUGAUUGGGAAUUUUAUCGAAAAGGCAGGGUUUGGCCAAAGCAGUGGUGGAAAUGGAAUCGAAUAUAAAGAGUGCUUCGAUACUCUAGCCUCACUCCUUUCCGAGUUCCCGGCUCUGCUGCGCCAUACGACGUUCGUCUUCGUUCCUGGGGAUAAUGAUCCGUGGGUAUCAACAUUCUCUGCUGGCGCUGCCAGUCCGAUUCCGCGCAAAACGAUCCCCGAGCUAUUCACAUCCCGAGUGAAGCGUGCCUUUUCCACUGCCAACAGCGAGUCUGAUGCCCAGGGCACCAAAUCUGCAUCCGGAGAAGCCAUCUGGACAUCCAACCCGGCUCGGAUCUCCCUCUUCGGACCUGUCCAUGAAAUUGUUGUUUUCCGAGACGACAUUUCCGGCCGACUACGACGGACCAGUGUAAAUUUCUCUAAACGGACCGAUGCAGCACAGCCAUCGUCUAAACGCGCGCCAGGCGAUGCUAAUAUCGAUAGCAUGGUCGUUGACGGCGCAGACAACAACGACAACACAGAACAGGACCCUCAGUCCUCUGUGCGCAAGCUAGUCAAGACAGUUUUGGACCAGGGAAACCUAUCCCCAUUCCCGCUCUCGACACGGCCCGUUCUAUGGGACUAUGCCUCGUCCGUACAGCUAUACCCUUUACCGACAGCUCUCGUGCUGGCAGACAGCGAGUCUCCGCCCUUUGCCAUCACGUACGAGGGCUGCCAUGUCAUGAACCCUGGCAGAUUGCUAUCAGACGGGAAGCGUGGGCCGGCGACGUGGUUGGAGUAUGAUAUUUUGAGAAACAGGGCCAAAGUGAGACAGAGGCGGAACUAG